AUGCAACUCAAGGAGAGAAUUCGGAAGGUCUUCACAGGCCAGCGCAAACCGAUUGAAGAUCCCGUUGAUUUCUUCCCUCUUGUCGAUCAGCUACCAAACGACAUCCUCGUUUGUCUUGCUCCAUUCCUUUCCUACGAUGCCCUUUACAAUCUAAUCCGGACAAACCGCCGAUUCUACCAUCUUUUCAUCGUGCCCCUCUACAAGAGAUUCCUAGACAACAAUCCCUAUCUAAAUGUCGUCGACACUCUCGCAUGCGCUUCUCUCACCCUGAAUCCUGGCACACUCAGAAAUCUCAUCAAUGUGGGUGCGCCCCUCCACCUUCUCACAGGCACCAAGAACAAUCGCGCAGGAGCCUCUCUCUACAUGAAAAGCCAUACUGUGGAUAACCUCCCCAGCGCAGGCCAGGUCGAGCUUUUCGUACCCAUUGGCUCCGACCGCAAGCCCACAAUUCUUCUUUCCGCGGCUCUCGAAGGCAACAGCAAAAUCGUAAACAUGAUAGCGACCGCAGCACCUCUAGUGCAGCUGCAGGACACGCACGGAAGGCCCCCAGAAAUUGUCUACAAGGUAGCACUCCCGAGUAACGAGAUGGGUCUUCCGGGUACUGACCAGUGCUGCCGGAAUCUGCUGCAUCUUGCGUGCAUUAAUAGGGAGCACUUCAAGAUGACCGAUGACUUUGAGGGGCGAACGAGAGCAAUGACCCUUGUCCGAGAGUGCAGGGACAAUGUCAAUUCGAAAGAUCUCGAUGGGUGCACGCCCUUGCAUUAUGCGGUGCAGAGCGGCUGGGACUUUAUAACACGCCUGUUGCUGUGGUCUGGCGCGAACGUGAAUGCAAAGAACCACGCGGGGGUCACGGCGCUGCAUAUCGCGGCAAGGCUAAAAGAUAUUAAGAAAGCACUGAGCGCUUGCCGGAUUCUUGUCGGGUUUAAGGCAGAUAGGACUAUGGUGAUCCCUUCAACUGGGCGCACAGCGUAUGAUAUUGCAUUAUCCCGGAAACCCAAAGCCGGAGAGCCUUCCCACGUCGAUCAGGUACGGACGAGGCGACUGGUAAAACUAUUAAAGCGCAAAUGA